AGUGUUCAGACUCGUUCUAACUUCAAGGAGCAGACGGAGGAGACGUGAAGUCUGAGGCUGCAGUGGUCACCAACCAGUCGAGAGUCUUCACUGGAUCCCAGUAAAGCUCUGGACUCACUGGCUGAGUGUUUUUCCUCUCAGACUGAAGAUGAGUGGUUAUGAGGAAGAAGAGGACAGAGCAGAGUCUCCAGGGUUCAGCUGUCUGUCUCUGAAGAGUGACAUGUCCAAAGGACUUUCUAUAAACUUCAGUAAAGAACCUGGACCCUCACACUCAAAAGGUCAGGACCACAGACUGAGAGCAGAGUCUCCAGGGUCCAGCUGUCUGUCUCUGAAGAGCGACAUGUCCAAAGAGUUUCCUCCUCUAAACUUCAGUAAAGAACCUGGACCCUCACACACAGAGGAGAGGAAGAGGAGUCAUGUUUCUGAGGAGGAGCAGUCGUCCUGCUGUGCUUCGUGUCAGGACGUCCUGAAGGAUCCAGUCUCCACCAGCUGUGGACACUGGUUCUGCAGACAGUGCAUCACCUCAUACUGGGACCAGUCUGGUUCUUCAGGAGACUCCUCCUGUCCCCAGUGUGGACAAAGAUCCAGAACAGGAGCUGGAGCAGAUCGUGGUCUGCAGGAGGUUUCAGAUGAACAUAAGCUCAGUCUGAGGAGGAGAUGUGAACAUGUGACUGAAGGAAGUGAUGAAACAGGAAGUAGAACCCUCCUCAACAGGAUCUACACUGAGCUCUACAUCACAGUGGGACAGAGUGAAGAGGUUAAUACUCAACAUGAGGUGAGGCAGCUUGAGACGGCUUCCAAGAUGAAGAUCCUCCAGGACACUCCCAUCAAGGUCCAGGACAUCUUUAAAGCCUCCACUGACCAGCAGAGCAGCAUCAGAGUCGUCCUGACCAACGGCGUCGCUGGCGUUGGAAAAACCUUCUCGGUGCAGAAGUUCACUCUGGACUGGGCAGAGGGUUUAGAGAACCAGGAUGUGGGUCUGCUGACUCUGCUUUCGUUCAGGGAGCUGAACCUGGUGAAGGACCAGCAGCACAGUCUUCUCACACUGCUCCAUGUUUUCCAUCCAGCGUUACAGAAGCUCACGGCAGAGACGCUCGCUGUCUGUAAACCUUUGUUCAUCUUUGACGGCCUGGAUGAAAGCAGACCUUCUCUGGACUUCAACCACAGGGAGCUUGUGUCUGAGGUCACACAGAGGUCAUCAGUCAACGUGCUGCUGACAAACCUCAUCCGGGGGAAUCUGCUUCCCUCGGCUCUUGUCUGGAUAACCUCCAGACCUGCAGCGGCCAAUCAGAUCCCUCCUGCAUGUGUUGACAGGGUCACAGAAGUACGAGGCUUCACUGACGCCCAGAAGGAGGAGUACUUCAGGAGGAGAUUCAGUGAUGAAGAGCUGUGCAGCAGAAUCAUCUCACACAUCAAGACGUCCAGGAGCCUCCACAUCAUGUGUCAAAUCCCAGUCUUCUGCUGGAUCAGUGCUACAGUUCUGGAGCACAUGUUGACCACAGACCAGAGAGGAGAGCUGCCCAAGACCCUGACUGACCUGUACUCACACUUCCUGCUGGUUCAGACAAAGAGGAAGAACAUCAAGUACGGUGAGGGACAUGAGACGAGUCCACAGCAGCUGACGGAGGCUGACAGGGACGUUCUCCUGAAGCUGGGGAGGCUGGCACUUAAACAUCUGAGGAAAGGAAACAUCAUGUUCUACCAAGAAGAGCUGGAGCGGUGUGGUCUUAAUGUCACAGAGGCCUCGGUGUACUCAGGAGUUUGUACUGAGAUCUUCAGAAGAGAGUGUGUGAUCUUCCAGAAAUCAGUCUACUGCUUUGUUCAUCUGAGCGUUCAGGAGUUUCUGGCUGCAGUCUACAUGUUCCACUGUUACACCGGGAGUAACAAAGAAGAACUUAACAACUUAUUGGGAAAAUAUGGGAACACAGACAGAACCUUGUCCCUGGAUGACUUUCUGAAGAGAGCCAUGGAGAAAUCCCUCACCAGUACAAAUGGUCAUCUGGACCUGUUUGUUCGCUUCCUUCACGGCCUCAGUCUGGAGUCCAACCAGAGAGUCUUAGGAGGCCUGCUGGGUCGGACAGGGAACAAUUCAAAGAUCAUCAAGAGAGUCCUCAACAACCUGAAGAAGAUGGAGAGUGGUAGCGUUUCUCCUGACAGAAGCAUCAACAUCUUCCACUGUCUGACUGAGAUGAACGACCACUCUGUUCAUCAGCAGAUGAAACAGUUCCUGACGUCAGAGAACAGAUCGGAGGAGAAACUCUCUGAGAUCCACUGCUCAGCUCUGGCCUACAUGCUGCAGAUGUCAGAGGAGGUUCUGGAUGAGUUGAACCUGAAGAAGUUCAACACAUCAGUCCAGGGUCGACUGAGACUGAUCCCAGCUGUGAGGAACUGCAGGAAGGCUGAACUCGUGGGUUGUCACCUCUCAGUGACUCACUGUGAAGUCGUGGCCUCAGCUCUGAAGUCAGAUCCCUCACAUCUGAGAGAACUGGAUCUGAGUGGAAACAACAAGCUGCUGGAUUCAGGAGUGAAGCUGCUGUGUUCUGGACUGGAGAGUCCAAACUGUCGACUGGAGACUCUGAGGUUGAAGGACUGCUGUCUGUCAGAGAUCAGCUGUUCUUCUCUGGCUUCAGCUCUGAAGUCAAACCACUCUCAUCUGAGAGAACUGGAUCUGAGUGACAACAACCUGCAGGACUCAGGAGUGAAGGAGCUUCUUGAUCUACAGCAGAGUCCAACCUGUCGACUGGAGACUCUGAGGUCAGUAGAUGGUUGGAGUCAGUCCACGCUGCUUUCAUCAGUGGAAGAUAUCUUAUCGAAGGUGAGAGUGAAGAGGACAGUGUGAAGAGGACAGUGUGUGUGGACGGAGGCUGAGCUGUGUCCUGAGGAUCCAGAGGCUGAAGCAGCAGCAGCUUGUGUGUAGUCUCCAAUCUACACAACCCCUAAUCUGCAUGUGUUUGUGAGAUGAAGCCGGAGCACCUGGAGAAAACACGGGGAGAACAUGUAGACUCCACACAGGAAGACCCCAUCUGAACCGGAUUCAAACCAGCAACCUUCUUGCCCCGAUUGUGUUUAUUCACAUGAUGAAUGUGUUUAUUGAAAUGACACAACACAAGCAGAAUAUAUAAACCCUCUAUAAAGAGUCACAUACAGUGUGUUUAAGUUUGUCUUUAUUAUUGUCCACCUUUGUCCCUCAGUGUGUCUCCAUGUGUGUAGAACCACAUUCUGUGUAUAUGUUUGUUUAUGAUCUUAAAGUUCCUGGAUUCACGUCACAAAUUGAUUUAGUUCAACACAAAGUUCAACACAUUGAAAUCACUUUGAGUUUAAAAUCAGAGUUUUGUCUUUGACACAAAAGAUCAAAACUCUGGACUUAAAAAUUUGACGUUUUCAUUUCUGCAUCAGGUGCAGAGCGGUGGUGGCUUUUCUACUUUUGACCCACAGGUGGCGCUGCAGUAUAACAGCAGCACAUCCCAGUCAAAGCCUUUAUAUUCAGUCUAUGAGUCAAACACAUGGAUCAUUUCCUCUGUGACAAACCAGAUGUAACGAGAAGAAAAACAUCCCAGAGAGAAAAGUUCUGUUUCUACUUGUCUCUGCUUUAAUGCUCAAUAAACAUCCUUCCACCGA